UGUCAAGGGAGUUGCCCCACAGCCCGCAUGUCGGGCAUUUCUCCGCAGAAGGAGCUGAAGCAGACCCAUCUUCUCCCCGGCUAGAGACUCGCCAUGGGGCUGGUCUCCUCCAGAGCGAUCAUGUGUUCAGGUUUGCUAGAGAACUACAUGGCAGCGAUGGUGCUGAGUGCAGCUGGAGAUGCGAUGGGCUUUUGCAAUAGCAAAUGGGAGUUCCAACGGGAUGGUGAGAAGAUUCACAAUGAGGUGGCCAAACUGGGUGGCGUGAGCAAACUUGACGUGGCCAAUUGGAAAGUCAGUGAUGAUACUGUCAUGCAUUUGGCUACUGCAGAAGCUUUGUCAGAAGCUGGAAAUGACCCGGAUCUAACCUACCUGUAUAAACUCAUUGCAACAAACUACAGAGACUGCAUGGAUGACAUGUGUGGACGAUCUCCAGGAGGUACCUGCAUGGCAUAUGCACAGAAUCUGGAUCCGGAUAACCCGUCUAGUUGGAUAGCUAACUUUAGCAAACAAGGAGGAGGAUGUGGAGCAGCUAUGCGCUCCAUGUGCAUUGGGCUGAGGUUUCGUCACCCAGAACAGCUGGAAACCUUGAUUGCAGUCAGUAUAGAAAGUGGUCGAAUGACUCACCACCACCCGACUGGAUACCUCGGAUCACUGGCAGCUGCUCUCUUCACAUCUUACGCUGUAAAUCGCAAGCCAGCCCAUGAGUGGGGGAGAGGGCUGAUGGACAUAUUGCCAAAAGCGAAAGCCUAUAUCCAGAAGUCAGAUUCCUUUGUGGAGGAGAACCUGAAGCAUUGGAGUUACUUUGAAAACCAGUGGAGCAAGUACCUGGAAACCAGAGGCAUUUCAGAUGGAAAGUCCCCUCCUUCCUUCCCUGAAAUGUAUGGUGUGAAAGAGAGGGAUGAGUUCUAUAGGUCCUUGAGUUACUCUGGAUGGGGAGGCAGCAGUGGGCACGAUGCUCCAAUGAUUGCUUACGAUGCCUUUCUUGGCUCUCCUGACUGGACUGAGUUAGCACUUAGGGGCUUUUUCCAUGGAGGGGACAGCGAUUCUACUGCAGUCAUGGCUGCCUGCUGGUGGGGGGCAAUGUAUGGCUACAAAGGGGUCAAUGCAAGCAACUAUAAGAACAUUGAAUACCGAAACCGAUUGGAGAAAGUAGCUAGAGAACUCUAUCACCUUAGCUUGAUUGCAGAACAAUGAAGUGAUAUUUCGGUAUUAAUUGAUAUUGUGUGGGUGGUGUGCUGAAGUUUGCUAGAGACAAACAUUGACGUCCCCAAACUAUAACAACUUAUGGGCUUCAGCUUGAAGUUUUGUCAAAAAGUGAGAGCUUUGGUAAAAUUUCUAUGCUGCUUAAAACAGUUUUAUAUUCAGAUGUACUCUCACUGAUAAGUCUUCCCUUUACAGGCAACAAAUGGUGUCUGAGCUCAGUAUAAAUCCCAGCUACUGUAUCCUAGCACUCAUUUUUUUACUUUGCAUUUCUGUAAACUUUGUUCAGUCUGCAAAUGCUUACAUUAAGCAAAAAACAGCUAAAGGCAGGGAUGCAGAAUUCUGUCACAUUGAGAAUGGCUGUUUAUAUGUACAUGCUUCUCCCAUGCAGGAUUUGUAACUUAAAAUAAAAAUGAAAUCCAAAGGUU